ACAUUUUGUCUAUGCGGUGCGGCAAUUUCGCGGGUUUUUCCGCGGUCCACUGAACGAAAUCAUAAUUAACAUUUUCAUCAUGAUUUAUAACUGAAGUUGAGGUGGUCAUUAGGAUAUUGGACUAUGUGCAUGUUUUAAUAGCAGCAACUUAAAUGUGUUGUAAACAUGAAAUGCUAGCUCUCGUGAUUCGCCGAACGUCAUCUGACAUUUGUUUGACGUACUCUCAUGAAAUUCAAAUGUUAGGAUUCUUAGCUCAUUGGCUAAAAUCGUGACCUGUGUGUCUGUCCUCUCAGCGAAUGCUUUCACGGAUUCUUGACUACAAGUUCUAAUUUAUCACUAUCAUACAUAACUUGUUUGCUCCUACUGCAUAAGGAUGAUUUGAUUGGAUCUGUCGAAAGAGUUCGGUCGAAAGAUGCGAUGUGAUAACCUACUACGUUUGUCCACCAUCUUGGUUUAUUUCGUAUUUGUUUUGAGCAUCUUUUACACGGAAGUGAUAGGGCAGAUCAAUAUAUGCAGCGAAAAGAGGGAAGAAGUUAGAAGAACUGUGUGUAAUGAAUGUUCCCACAACUCUCUCAGGCAAUGUCCUUCAGGAUACACUCAGGACAGCUCCGGAAUCGGAGUGCAUGAUGCAAAUACGUGUAGAUUAACUCUCUCAUUUACUGAUGGGAGGAUAGUCAGAAUUGGAGGCUGCUAUCAUUUAUGCAGAAGGAAUAUAAGCGUCGAGCAAUGUUGUAGCGGCUACUGGGGCAAAGACUGCCAAGCAUGCCCUGGGAGCCCUGUGUGUAGUUCUGGUGGCAACUGUUUUGAUAAGAAAAGUGGAAACGGGACUUGCAGCUGCCAGGAUGGCUUUAAGGGUAGUGCAUGUGAGUUUUGUACUUCACCGACGAGGUUUGGAGCAGGCUGCAACCAAAACUGCAGUUGUGAGCAUGGAGAAUGUGAUAGUGGUGUCCAAGGGAGUGGUCUGUGCAAGCCCUACUCCUGCCAGAUUGGUUACAUUGGACAGAAUUGCAAUCAGCGUCUCCCAGCUUGUGACCACGCUCUUUGCGGAAACCACUCAGACUGCUUCAAGAUCAACGGCACCGACAUCUGUGUGUGUGAGCCUGGGUAUACAGGAGAUGGCCAACACUGUACAGCUAUCAACCCUUGUGCUAGCAAUGGCCAUGGGUGUCACAAGAAUGCUGCCUGCCAUUUUAAAGGCCCAGGAAAACACUCUUGCACAUGCGUCGAGGGAUAUACCGGGGAUGGCACUGUUUGUACUGUUAUCGACCCCUGUCAGACAUCUAAUGGAGGUUGUCCUUCAAACUCAAGUGUUUGUAACUUCUUAGGACCCAACAAGGGCAAUUGCUCCUGUUUGCCUGGAUUCGAGAAUUUCCAGGAUGGAGCAGGUUGUUCCAUGGUCGAUUUGUGCAAAGGAGGUGGUGGUUGUGACAUAAAUGCCAACUGUAUCAUGCCGAGUCCUGGCCAAAAGAUGUGCAUUUGUAAGGAUGGCUUUCGAGGGAAUUUUAAUAACACUCAUUGCUAUGGGAGUAUAAUCCAGCGACUCGAAGACCUCAAUGAUGCAGGCCCAGCUGAAGUCAGAUCCAAGUUGACAAUUGCGAGACGACUUGUUGCAGCCCUCGCAUGGCCUCUGGCUGGAAGUGGACCAUUUACUGCCCUUGUCCCUACUGAUCAGGGCUUUCUCAAGUCCUUGUCUCAAGCCAAGAUUGAUGAGACUUUAUCCAGCCCAGAUUUAUCAGGAUAUCUAGCUCGCCUACACAUUAUUGCCUCUGAUUUAGAUUCUGUAAAACUGAAGGCUUUAGGGACAGUUACAACACUACAAGGGACCAACGCUACUAUCACAGAAAAAAAUGGCACUUUGUAUUUCUCGGGUUCAGGACAGGACGCCAUGGCAAGAAUUAUAAUGACCGAUCUGAUUGCUGGCAAUGGGUUAAUCCAUAUCCUAGACACAGCCAUGAAGUACCCCGCUAACUUCUCGUCUUCUAGUGAUAUGUCAGUCCUGGAUGUGAUUCAAAGCAGUAACGAAUUGUCAACGCUCAGCUCCCUUCUCCAGUUAUCUGGCGUUGGUAGCACCCUCGUUGGCUUGUCAUUACCGGUUACCAUCUUCGCUCCUGUGAAUGCUGCCUUUAGUAGUGUGGAUAACGUCACGAUACGUUACCUGACCACCACACAACAGGGGAAGCAAAAGCUUUCGAUGCUGCUGAAAAACCACAUCUUUGAUACAAAGAUUAACGUUGAAGAUCUCAUCACAAUGAAUCGAAUAACAUCCAGUACCGAGGAGUCUUCACUAGUCAGCCUCAAACAACAGGGGCUGCUUGUCCUAGGGAGAAACUCAAGGUUGAUCAGCGCUAACCUCGGCGCGCGGGAUGGAGUUUUGCACAUGGUUGAUCACGUGAUUGUACCAGACAGUCUGAUGCCCCUGGUACCGAGAUACUGUAACAUCAUCACGAACCAGACUUCCAGGGGACGUUGUUACCACUGUCAGCUUAUCGACAAGUUUCCGAACCGUGGAUGUGAAAGUGACACUAUACCGUCUGGUUUGAAGCAGGCAUGCACGUACUAUGUGCGCUACAGCUAUCAAAUCUUCAGAUUUUCAGGAUGCACGAUGAGCUCUUGCCGGAAAAAGAUAGAGACCCCAGAGUGCUGUGCAGGUUUCUACAGUCCCGCAUGUCAUCCGUGCCCAGGACCUCUCGACAAUCCGUGUUACGGGAACGGCAAGUGCUCCGAUAAGAUUAGCGGGUCUGGAGUAUGCACAUGUGAGCCCGCAUUCAAAGGUACAGCGUGCGAGCUUUGUGCGAACAGCAACCAGUAUGGAAAACACUGCAAUCAAACAUGCACGUGCGUCCACGGCAUUUGUAUGGGCGGUAUCCAUGGUAACGGCACAUGCAAGCCCGGCACAUGCCUUGCUGGUUACCACGGUAACAACUGUGACUUGCGUGACAUGCCGUGCUCCGGGUCGACCCCCCUGAGCUGCCAUAUCCACGCACACUGUGUCAGGGAGAAUGGACUGGACCAAUGUAAAUGUAACAGCGGAUAUGAGGGAUCUGGUCAGCAGUGUUACGAGAUUGACCCAUGCGCAAAGUCUGACCGUGGCGGCUGUCAUAAGGACGCAAUCUGCAAACGGACCGGACCUAAUAUGAACAACUGCUCAUGCGCAAAUGGUUUCCGUGGAGACGGCAUCGAAUGUGUACCCAUCGACCCCUGCCUAGAAUCGGAUAAGGGAAGUUGUCAUGACAACGCUAUUUGCAAAUACACUGGCCCGGGGCAGAGCAUAUGUGCCUGCAAUGCAGGGUACACUGGAGAUGGGAGAGCCUGCGUAGAGAUCAACAACUGCCUUGUCAACAACGGUGAUUGUGCCUCAAAGGCCUACUGUACGCGGACCGGUCCUGCGACCCAUAAUUGCACGUGUAACUGGGGAUAUGCCGGUGAUGGUUACACAUGCCUUGCUUCUGUUGCUACGGUCGUGGAAGAGAAUGCGAACCUUAAAGAGUUGUCCAAAUUUGUUUCGAAAACGAACCUCCGCUACUACCUGGCUAGCGCGCCGCUUAUGACGCUGUUUGCGCCCUCAUCUGCAGCGAUAGCCUCGAUAGCCAGCGAUGACCUUGCGUAUUGGAGCGCAUCAUCCGACCGUAUGGAAUACUUGAUCAAAUAUCAUAUUGGUAAUUCCUCUUACUCUGUGGCAAUGCUGAGGAACAUCUCUGUUGUACCUGUACUAAACGGACGGAUACUGAACUUGACGUAUACGAACUUUCAGAUUGUUCUAAACGACGUGGCAGUCAUCCAAAGCAACAUCAGUACUAUCAAUGGAAUGGUUUAUAUUAUCAACAAGGUUCUUAUACCGCCUAGACUAUUAUCACCCGUGUUACCCACAGUCAAUGAGCUGCUACAAAACACGCCUUCUCUCAGCGACCUUUAUAACAUCUCAAAGAUAUUCAACCUUCUACCAACCUUGGAGGCUUGUGAUGGCUGUACUAUCUUUGCGCCUUCUAACCAGGCUUUACGGAGGUUCUACCUGAAAAACAACCUGACACCAACGAUUCUCAAGUACCACGUGGUCCCUCAAUACAUCAGCAUUAAGAGCGUCUACAACGGCCAGCAGUUUAGCACCUACCUGGGCAGGGAUUACCUUAUAAGGGUCACUCUCAAUGACUUUAAGGUGAAUGGUUUCCAAGUGAACGCUACCAUGCUGCCAGCUCGUAAGGCGGUGAUCUAUGUCCUUGAUGGUGUGCUGGUGCCCACCAAGAGCCAGUGUAAUGAGUACAACACCAUUACGAGAUAUACUAGCUGUACUCUUUGCUGGCUUGCUGAUUGCCCAAGCUCAUAUCGCACAGUGUCCGUAAAAUCUUGCAGCGUUUUCUUCUUCUGCUAUGCUACUUGUCAAAAAACCAUUAUGACACCUAAGUGUUGCAAAGGCUUCUGGGGAAAUGACUGCCAAGCUUGUCCAGGAAAUGUGACCGCGCCAUGUCUUGGUAAUGGCCAGUGUUCGGAUGGGCUGAGGGGGAAUGGGCACUGCAAUUGCUCAGCCAAUUUCACUGGGACGGAGUGUGAGAAGUGCAUCCCUUCUAAAUAUGGAAAAGAUUGCUCAUCACGCUGUCGAUGCGUCAACGGUCGGUGCAGUGCGGGAAGGACUGGGGACGGCUCGUGCACAUGCAAUCACGGCUGGAAGGGGCAAUACUGCAAUCAAUCUGCUAAUUACGCACAAUGUCUUCCCGCCCGUUGUCACACCCAUUCAACGUGUCGCGAUGAGAAUGGGGUCCCAAGGUGUGUCUGUGAUGAUGGCUACACUGGGAAUGGUACUUACUGUCGAGUGAUUCAUCCUUGUGAGAAAAACAAUGGUGGCUGUCAUGAUAACGCCAUAUGCUCUCGAAACCUUGUCAAGCCCUUUCUCGCAGUCUGCACGUGUAACCAGGGAUACAGUGGAGAUGGACAGUACUGCUAUGAAAUCGAUUUGUGCCAGGUGGACAAUGGCGGUUGUCAUGCAAAUGCAUUGUGCUUGAAGACGGGGCCAGGAAAGCGAUCAUGUCAUUGCAAGGCAGGAUACACUGGCGAUGGCUUAACUAGCUGUACGGCUUUUAACCCUUGCGUCUUUGACAAUGGCGGAUGUAGUUUGAGGGCCCGCUGUGAGGAGACUGGACCUGGUCAGCGGAAGUGCACAUGUGCCGCUCCUUAUGUCGGUGAUGGCGUGACAUGUAAUGGUGACAGUAUUGAGGUUCUCCUAACAGACCCCGAGUUGUCUAAGGCGGCCGAUCUCCUCAAGGCAAAUGGGCUUGACGACCUUUUUAAAACAUCUACUUCUCUCACAUUUGCCGCUCCGACCAACAAAGCAUUUGAUAAAUUGACUCCGCAAACCAGAAAACGUCGCAGUGUUUCUUCUCAAGCCAGCGUGGAUCAGUAUCUGCGAUACCAUAUGGUCAGCUGCGUGCGCAUGACCAAUGAGACUUUACAGCGAGGUGGAGAAUUCACGUCACUCCUGGGCCCGCCCAUCUGGCUUAUCAACAAUGGAUCCCAGUUGUACUUCAUGGACUCGUGGAACAACACAGCAUUAGUGACGCAAGUGUACGCCUCGUCCAAUGGCUAUGUGUUCAAGCUGAAGACCCUGCUGGAACCACCUUUACUUCAAACCAACUACCCACAGCUUUCUCUCCCUGAUGCCGCUCAGAAAUUGGGCUACUCACAGAGUGUCGAUCUACUUAAGAUGUCUGGCCUAGGCAGUCUUUUCAGCAGUCCCUAUGGCCGUCCAUUCCUGGUUUUCCUGGCCACUAAUGGGGCCUUGAAUAAGCUCCCCAGUGAGAUGAGAACCCGACUAACAAGCCCUUCCCACAUAGACGAACUGCGGAAAUACAACAAGUACCACGUGGUUGAGAACGCACCGUCUAACAUCAGCACAGAUUUCCUGGUCCGUGGAGGGGGAGGCGUAGAGCUGAGGACCAUGGAAGGCGAGACCCUGUUCUUGUCGUGUCGUGGUGGAAAGGGUGACAUUUAUGUGAACGGUCUCAGUAAGAUCGUGCAGAGAGACAUCAGGUUCGAUGGCGGCGUUGCGUUUGGUAUCGAUUCGAUUCUUCUGCCGCUAGGACUCGGCGGGAGCUGUGACGAGGUCACUCAUCAGACUUUUAAUGGUUCGUGCGGGAACUGCUUCACCUCUCUCAGAUGUCCCUCGGAUGCCUCCCGUGUGGGUACGGCUACUCAACACUGCCAGCAUGAGGGAGACGCACUUGGUUGUAUGCCUCUUUGUCUGCGGCGGCUUAGAGUUAAAAAGUGUUGUUCCAACUUCUAUGGACCUGACUGCAGGGCUUGCCCUGGCGACAUCAGACUACCGUGCAGUGGGCGGGGCCAGUGUGAUGACGGGCUGACAGGUACUGGUAGCUGCACAUGUGAUGCGCCAUAUGUGGGCACAUCUUGUGAGCGAUGCAAUGACAACACUACAUGUCCAGUAUUCCCUUCGUGCAACGUCAACAGCGGUGGUUGUCACGCGUUUGCCACGUGUUUAGAACAGUCUGGUCGCGUGAACUGCACGUGUAACAAUGGUUACGAAGGAGAUGGGUUCUAUUGCCAGAUGAUUGACAGGUGUAGUCAUGACAACGGCGGAUGUGGUCCGAACGCAACAUGUCACUUUCAAGGACCGGGGCAGCGCGUUUGUCAGUGCAAACAGGGAUUCCACAUGGUUCGGGAUUCCUGUGUUGGUCACGCUCCCGGGUCACAGUGUGCUGUCAAUCACGGCGGAUGUUCUAUCAACGCCGGGUGUAGUGACACAACUGGUCAUGUCGUGUGCACGUGCUUGGUGGGAUACACAGGGGAUGGAAUCACGUGUGAGGGCAAUGUUUUACAGGUUUUACAAAGCUCGAUAAAACUGAAAGAAUUUUACAAGGCGGUGUAUUUUCUUAUGAACUCUGGUAAUGGAAAUAUCCUUUUUUCUGAACUGCAAUCAACACAGAGGAACUUCACAGUCUUUGCACCAAUACGCAGUGCAGUCGGGUCAAAGAAAUUCACGUUGGAGUUGCUGAAGCAUCACGUGGUCUUGGGGAGUGUUACGUUAUUGCACAUGGCAAACGGAACAACGCUGACCACACUCCUUGGCUCAAAACUUGUUAUUCGCAAGUUAGAACAUGGGGUGGUGACGGUAAAUGGUGUAGCGCAUGUGUUGGGGGAUAUUAUUGCAUCGAAUGGCAUUAUCCAUGUACUGGAUCAAGUCCUUCCGAUCGUUGGACCUGUUCCUCCGCAACCUACAACUGUAGCCCCGCCCAUGACAUCAGGACCUACUACUACCACGCCUAUCAGUACAUCGGCAGCCCCGGAGAUAACAACUGCAAAUCCUGGAUCGCCAAGCACUACUACAAAAUCAGUCACAACUCCUCAGACAUCUCCCAAAACCCCUCAAACACCAGCCACUUUACCCACGACCCAAACACCAGAACCAGGUACAGAGAAAACCAUGCCAACCACAGCGACCCCAGGCACGGGACAGCCGACCACGCCCCUCACGACUAGUGUGCCUUCUGAUAGAUCGACCGAGCAGCAGACUUCAUCUCCUCCCUCUACCACUGCAAAGGCUGCUGUUUAUGGAAAACAGAAAAGCCAGGGCGAAGGUCUCAGUGGUGGAAGUAUUGGUGGUAUCAUAUUCGCUGUUAUCUUCCUUCUUGUCAUCAUGGCUGCUGUCAUCUGGUACUACAGAAAGAAGUCGCUUCCGCCAGCAUCCUUCAGAUAUUUUAAGAAUGACGAUGACACCGCACCUUACAACAGUGACGUAUUCAACGAAAGCCAAGUAACCAAUGACAACGCCAUGUUUGACGUCGUCUCAGUUCCAGGCCCCUCGCGAAUUGAUGUCAAAGACAACAGAGGCCAAAUAGUCAAAGAACAUUCUGCUUUUCCUAUGGUCGGCGUUUCAGAAUUUGACAAUCCCUUGUACAUGUUAGACGAGACUGAUAUCCAGCGGAUCGCGCCUGAUGAGUCACCCGCGAUAGAGCCGCCAGGCGUCGAGAAUCCACUGUACGCUGAGAUAAGCUCUGGUGUGCCCAAAGACGAAGAGAAACCAGACAAGCCGCAUGACUACGAGAACCCGCUAUACGCCGAGGCGGCCAAAGCUGAUUUAAAGGAAGAAGAAGAAAUCCCUGCAGAAAAGCUGGAGCUGCAUGAGCAAUCUGCGAAACAAGGUGAUGAAAAGUUGACACUACCCCCCACGGGCGGGCCCGCUACCACCCCUCUGGACCUGGAGAUCGACUCCCGCUUAGUGUAGAUAUAAUGACGCAAGAGCUCAUGGGAGUAAGAGUAGAAUAUAACCGAUUAUAGCCUCACCAGAUCACACUACCCCUCACGGGCAGUCACGGUAUCAAUGCAAGUUACUUAAUUAUUCGUUAGAUAACGUGCAUUUAUUGUGAGAAGUCAGCUUUUAUAUCUCUUUCACAUAAAGAGCGACCUGGCACGCUUAGCGUGAUAAGAGGUAUUUUUUUUUAAUGCAUUCGUACUUUAUUAGGUUAAUCAGCGUAUUUACGGAUGAGCUCUGUUGAGUCCAAGACUUGCCAACAUAAGCUCUAGUCCACAACGACACAAAGUGUCCAUUCGUACUCAAGAUAAACACCGCGUGUAUGCAUCUUUGGCAUCACGUGGAGAGCGUGCGCACAUCGUGUAUGUCUCUGCGGCAUCACGUGGAGAGCAUGCGCACAUCGUGUAUGUCUCUGCGGCAUCAUGUGGAGAGCAUGCGCACAUCGUGUAUGCCUCUGCGGCAUCACGUGGAGAGCAUGCGCACAUCGUGUAUGCCUCUGCGGCAUCAUGUGGAGAGCAUGCGCACAUCGUGUAUUCCUCUGCGGCAUCACGUGGAGAGCAUGCGCACAUCGUGUAUGUCUCUGCGGCAUCAUGUGGAGAGCAUGCGCACAUCGUGUAUGUCUCUGCGGCAUCAUGUGGAGAGCAUGCGCACAUCGUGUAUGUCUCUGCGGCAUCACGUGGAAAGCAUGCGCACAUCGUGUAUGCCUCUGCGGCAUCACGUGGAGAGCAUGCGCACAUCGUGUAUGCCUCUGCGGCAUCACGUGGAGAGCAUGCGCACAUCGUUUAUGCUUCUGCGGCAUCACGUAGAGAGCAUGCGCACAUCGUUUAUGCUUCUGCAUCAUCGCGAAGGAGCAUGCGUAUAACGUACGUACAAAGUUUAGCAUAUGCCGCAUUCACACUAGCACCGGAAUAUAUUCACAACAACUAAAACCGCCUAUUUACGCCCCUACAUAACACCGAGUCGAACAAAAUACAUUAACUUCUAUUGGCUUAUUUAAAGAUCGUCAAUCAGCCAUUUAUUUGUUAUUGUUUGCAUUUUAACAUAAGGGUCUAUGUGCAAAAGAAAGAAAGCUUUAAGAUAUCCAUCUAAAAUGGAAGUCUGUUCCAGUUUCUCGAUUACUUAACUCGAUUACUCACUUGAAUUAGCAGAUGUCCGUUAGAUGUACUCGCCCGCUCAGAGCCUCCUCGCUUCGCUCGUCGCGGCAUUUUGGCUGAGCGUCACUGGACGAGAGAAGUCUGGAGGCCCGGGUUCCCAGGGUACGUUAGAUGAUGAUGGCCCAGUACUAUGCGGGAGCGUAAAAUGGCGGCUGCAUGCGCAGUGUCACAAAUGUGAACACGUGACCCAUGACAGGAAAAAGUUAGUUGUCUCGUAAGCAUUUGUUAUUCACAAUACUUAAAAAAGCCAAGGGAGAUCACAUUGAUCUGGAGCACUGAUUGUGCAGGAAACUUUUAGCAGUUUCGGGUAAAAACAUUGAACUCUCUCCGGGGGAAUAUUUCCCUCAGUCCUCGAAGGUCGCACAGGCUAUCCUAUAGUCGACGUUCAUUCAAUAUAUCUUGAUUUUGAACUACUGAGGUAGGGAUUGAUAUUGGAACAACCAGAUGCUGCUAACUUACACGGGGUACCAGUGCCUCCAGACUUCUCUUAAAAGAGACGUCACUAGUGACGCUCAGCCAAAAUACCGCGACGAGGCUCUGGGCGGGCGGUUAGCUCUUUUUCAGUUCCAGAAAUACAAAUUCGUUCCUCGCUUCGAUCGUCAAGGCAUUUUGACUAAGCGUCACUGGACGAGAGAUGCCUGGAGGGUCUGGUGCCCAGGGUACUGCUAACUGUGCAUGUAAAGCAAUUGUUUAAUGAAUAAAAAGGAGAUCUCUU